AUGUCAAGGGAGGCCAUCAAGGCGUCGGAAGGACGUACCGGAGGAUCCAGGCGAACUUUCACUGACGUGGGCUGUAUCGAAGUGUACAACGCUACGUGGGAGAAUGCACCGAUUGCAAAACCAGGAAGGGAAAGUCAACGGGCCAGGGAGAAUCACCAGGAAAUAUCCAGGGUGAUCUCCAUGGACCACAUUCCGUCGUUGCCGAAGUCGUUCAAAGGGAACACCGAACUGUUGAUUUGGGCCGACUUGUUCACCUGUUACGUAAUAGCCAAGGCUGGUCCGUCGAGAGAGGCGCAGGUAGUGGCUGAGAAUUACGAGGAAUGCGUCUUCCGUCGUUUCGACGCAAGCGAAGUCAUCAGACAUGACCGGGAGCCUGGCUUUAUGUCGGACUUCUUCCGUGCCUUCAACCGGAUCGUGAAAAUGAGACAGAGCGCGACAAUGGCUUACCGUCCACAAGGGAACGGCAAAGCCGAGGAAACGGUGCGAACCCUGACACGAGCCCUGAAGAUGUACGUCGCAGACGUCAACCAGCAAGACUGGGACGACUGUGCAGAGCGGCUGACGUUUGCGCUGAAUAUGGCGCACGAUCGAGUGAGGGGAGAAACGUCAUUCUUUCUAGUCCAUGGAUGGGACCCGCGGUCGACACUUAAAGCAGUUGUCUCGGUGGGAUCGACACGCCGUCGCGACUGCGAUGCACGGAGAUGGGGGUAUCACAUACAGGGACAGUACCACAGAGCCAGGGAAGCAGUCAACGAGAAUUUACGCGAUGAUAUCAAGUCUAGGGCUGACCAACACAACGAAAACGUUAGACCACACCGGAUUGAGGAAGGCACACAGGUAUGA